GAGAAGAGACAGGGGGGUCGAAACAUCUAGAGAGCGACACAUUUACUCACUCCUUGAAAUAAAAAGGUCCAUCGGCCUAAAGGGAACAAAAUGAGCGGUCAAUAUGAGGACGAUAUCUUAGAAAGAACGGACUGCAAAAGUAAAUCUCCAACUUUGCUCUCUUCGUACUGUAUAGAUAGUAUAUUGGGCAGGAGGAGUCCGUGUAAAAUGAGAUUGAUAGGGACGCAAAGUUUGCCAACGCUGGCCGGCAGAGCGGAGCACAAUAAGGCGGUUGAAGGUUCCACUAAAGAUAACUUGACUUUCGACACGGAGGUGCACCUGCCACCUAAACUGCGCCGGCUGUACGGGGGGAAAUACUUGGACUCCGACAGAGGCUUUCACGAGCUCGGGGAAAAAGGAGACCGCGAGAGGCUGCUCGACCCAACAACGUGUGAGAAUCUCAAAAUUAUCCAGGCACCACAGGUAAGUAUCAGCCGAAGCAAAUCAUACAGGGAAAACGCCUCUCUCAGUCAGAGUACGGGCGACAAGAGCCCAGAGCAAGGAACCGAUGAGCUCGUGGAACUGGGAACGCUGAAGUUUGAGGAGGACGCGGUGAAAGAGGAGCUUUGCCGGGAGGCGGACCUGUCCCCGAAGGCGGAAGAGGGGCUUCACAACGAUGGGGAUGUUAAAGAUGGAGAGGACAGCGUGUGCUUGUCUGCGGGCAGCGACUCAGAGGAGGGGAUGCUAAAACGAAAGCAGAGAAGAUACAGGACUACCUUCACCAGUUACCAACUGGAAGAGUUGGAAAGGGCUUUCCAGAAAACUCACUACCCGGACGUGUUCACCAGGGAAGAGCUAGCAAUGCGGCUGGACCUCACGGAGGCGCGAGUACAGGUCUGGUUCCAGAACCGGCGGGCCAAGUGGAGGAAGCGUGAAAAGGCAGGGGUCCAGACGCACCCGCCGGGCCUGCCGUUCCCUGGCCCCCUGGCUGCAGCUCACCCCCUGAGUCACUACCUGGAGGGCGGGCCGUUCCCUCCCCAUCACCACCCUGCCCUGGAGUCGGCCUGGACCGCUGCCGCUGCCGCUGCUGCAGCUGCCUUCCCUGGGCUGCCCCCACCGCCGUCCAGCUCUGCGCUGCCCCCUGCUGGCACCCCCCUUGGACUCAGCACUUUCCUGGGCGCCGCCAUGUUCAGACACCCCGCCUUCAUUAGUCCCACCUUUGGCAGGCUCUUCUCCAGUAUGGGCCCCCUGACCAGUGCUUCCACCGCGGCAGCUCUUCUGCGCCAGCCGGCCCCCCCAGUGGAGGGCCAGGUCCAGCCCACGGUCCUGCCAGACCCGUCCUCCACGGCAGCCGACCGCCGCGCCUCCAGCAUCGCAGCACUGCGGCUCAAAGCUAAGGAACACUCGGCUCAGCUGACCCAGCUCAACGUCCUUCCCCCUCCCGGGACCGGCAAAGAGGUGUGCUGAGCCCCCCAUUCCCACCCACCCCACCUUUUUAUCAAAGAGCAUGACCAAAUUCAAAGAGAAGACUGAUACCUGGAGAAUGGAGUCACGCUGAACCACACUCUUCUUAACUCCCCCGACCCGACCCUGUGAACUGACCACCACGCUCCAACCGGCCUGUCCCCUCCACUGUGACUGUGGUUCCAGACUAAGGAGACAGACCCUCCUUAGCUGACAAACACAACACUAGGUGACACUGUCCCUCUCCAAACCCCCACCCAGCAUAAGUUUAACUGGGAAAGGCAUGUACUCGAUUAACCAAUCUUACAGGCUUGAGCCAUUCUACAUGUCUACUUACCAUGAGUCCACAUGGUAAAAAAAAAAAAAAAGAAAGAAAAAAAGAAAAUAAUAUGUUCAACAAGUGCUGACACUUCUGGUCUCUUCCUGUUCAAGGGUGCUUUCUAGAACUAGCCUAUUGUAUAUCAAAAUGUUUGAAUCUUUUUUGGGUCAGGCCCAGGUAGUGAUGAAGACUACAGUGCACAAUGAUAACCAGGACUUUAUAUACAUGCACAACCACACACUUUCAUACACACACACACAGACACACACACACGUACAUGCAUGUAAGAGCGGUUAUGGACUCCUGACAAAUUGCAUGUUCACAGUUUGGUGCGCCUCAGCACGCCAGAGACACCGUUGCUCAGCCUCAAGAUGAACCAAGGUCGCUAUGCCAAAGGGAAGCUAUACUGCCACGCGCUGACUCUGUUAGUCACGGAACUGUGAGGAGUACUUCUGUAUAUAAUGGUGUUAAAUAAAAAAGAAGAAAAGAAGAAAAAAUGCAAAAGCCUUGUAUAUUUCGAAAUGUUUAAAUAAGUUGCACUUGAUGUAGUAUUGUGUUGAUGCUGUUUUCCCGUAGAACUUCCGUGUGUUCAUGAAAUAUUAGGUUCUUAGAAUAUUAUUUAUGUCCAUUCUGUAUUUAUGCCAAUGGAGGUUCUCGAAACCGCAAGAGAUAAAGGAUCUUUUUUCAA